AUGAUGGAACAAGCCUGUAGAGAUUUAGAGGAGGAGUCAGCCAAGGGUCUCAUGGGUGCUGCCAAGAUGGGCGAAGCAUGUAGUGACACUGAGGAAAGGGCAAAUGAGGGUGUCGUGGACGUUUCUGAUAUUGACCCAACAUGUGGAGAUGAGGAGGAAGAGGAAGCUAAGGGCCUCGUGAAUGCUGCUAGGAUGGAAGAAGCGCUUCAAGAUUUAGAGGAGGAGGCAGCUGAAAGUCUCAUGGGUGCUGCCAAGAUGUGUGAAGCAUUUGCAGAGACUGAGGAAGGCGCAGAUGAGGGUGUCGUGGACAUUUAUGAUAUUGACCCAGGAUGUGGAGAUGAGGAGGAAGAGGAAAUUAAGGGUCUCGUGAAUGCUGCCAAGAUGGAACAAGCCCAUCAAGACUUAGAGGAGGAGGCAACUGUAAGUCUCAUGGGUGCUGCCAAGAUGUGUGAAGCAUGUGGUGACACUGAGGAAGGGGCAAAUGAGGGUGUCGUGGACGUUUGUGAUAUUGACCUGGCAUGUGGAGAUGAGGAGGAAGGAGCAGCUGAGAGUGUAGUGAAUGCUACUAGGAUGGAAGAAGCCCAUCAAGAUUUAGAGGAGGAGGCAGCUGAAAGUCUUAUGAGUGCUGCCAAGGUGGGUCAAGCGUGUGGUGAAAUUGAGGAAGGGGCAGAUGAGGGUGUCAUGGAUACUAUUAAGAUUGCCCCAGCAUGUGGAGAUGUGGAGGAAAGGGCAGCUAAUGGUCCCGUGAAUGCUGCCAGGAUGGAACAAGCCCAUCAAAACGUAGCGGAGGAGGCAGCUGCGAGUCUCAUGGGUGCUGCCCAGAUGGAUGCAAACUGUGAAGAUGAGGAGGAGGGGUCAGCUGAGGCUCUCGUGAAUGUUGCUAAGACGGAACAAGCCCCUAGAGAUCUAGAGGAGGAUGCAGCCGAGAGUGUCAUGGGUGAUGCCAAGAUGGAUGAAGUCCAUGUAGUGGUGGAGCUGGCAACUGAGAGACCCUGUAACCAACCCUCGAGUGCCGCUUGCACCCACUGA